AUGGCUACGCCCGAACAACAAAAACAAUUACAAGCUUUGUCUGACGAGUACACUGCUCUGCAAACUGAUUUGCAAACCACUGUUGCAGCCAGACAAAAGCUCGAAUCUCAACAACAAGAAAACAAGGGCGUCAAGAGCGAGUUUGCGAACCUCGACGAUGAUGCCAACAUCUACAAGCUCGUUGGCCCCAUCCUGCUAAAGCAAGACGCAUCCGAGGCAAAGAGCACUGUUGAUGGCCGUCUAGAGUUUAUCGACAAGGAAAUCAACCGUAUCGAAAAGCAGAUUUCUGACAUCCAAGCAAAGAGCGAGGAGAAGAAGAUGGCUGUCUUCCAACUGCAAACAGAUAUUCAGCAGAGCGGUCAAGCCCCAGCAUGA